UAUUGCUUAUGUCACAUAUGUUUGUGUGUAUAUAUGUGUGCUAAUUAUUAUUCCUGGGUUCUGUUAAUUGACCGACACGAACAUUAAUUACCUCUUUCAUCUCUUUCUCGUUACGGGCAUUGAAAUAUCUAUUGCGGUACGUGACUGUCGCUGGCGUUGCUGCGCAUGCAGUGCGACUUGCUCCUCCAUUUGUGCAAACAUCGGAGAACGUUGCGAUCGCAUUUUGCGCGGCGCGUCGCCUGUCACGUCGACGCUAAAUUCGAUUAGCGAGUCCUUUUUACGUCGCCUCUCAUGUCGUAGUCGCGAUACAGUCGCGUUUGGCAGCGAGCAGUGUUGUUUUGGUCGGGGGAACGUUCCUGUCAUUUUUUAUAUACAUACAUAUCUACGAUGUAGAUUGCGUAGAUCGUAUUCUUAGCUGUAGUCCGUCGUCACUUCUCAAGUUUCACGCUGACUCACCUUAGGGUGUAUUAAUGAGAGACAAAUAAUGCGCGGAAAAAUAUAUUGAGAAAGAUGUAAAAGAAUCCGGCUUGUUCUCUAGGAUAUUUAUGAGUGUCCUACGAUCAACCUGUUGAGAUGGAAGACGAAGAGUGCUUUCAGCCAAUCUUGAGCUCUCAGGAGGAAGACAAUUUUCAGCAGUUAAACACCGUGUCGGUCGCGUCGAUUCCACUUUUGCUUGGAGUCUCUUUAGGGAUCUGCGGGAUUGUGUUUGUGUCUAUUUGGCCGGAAGAGCAGAGCAAAUGUGACACGUAUUUUAUAUACUUGUAUCUGCACUGUGCCUAUUGGCUAAUAGUCAUGGCGAUAGACCACGUUGUCAAGGCGAGGCACCAUAACUUGCGUAUUAAUGGGUACCUAGAUUUCUAUCAGUCAACAUAUCAACUUAUAAGGACGCCCCUUUUCAUCACGUCGUUGUGGAACACAUGCUACUUGUUGCUAGCUGUGAUUCUACAUCACACGCAUAAAGUCGACUACGAACGGUAUUGCAGGACGUCAGAGUGGUUCACGCCGCUCAACUAUAUUUUUCUUCUAACUACUUUGGAGCUCGUAAUAAUCUUACCAGCUUACAUUAAUUAUAUCAAAAAAGUUAUGAGAUUCAAUCGAUUACGUCCACCGCCCGACGUCACUCGCGACGAAUGGCUGUCGCCCUUUACACAGGAUUCCUAUUCCGGAAUGGGAGAAAUCGGGUAUCAUCAAAGGGGGAAGAAUUUGGAGGAACUGCUGGAAAAGCAGGCAGACUUGAUAAGAUAUCUGAGGGAUCACAAUGUAAAGCUAAGUCAUAGAAUAAUGCUAUUAGCGUCUCAACGCAGAGCAACAGAGCCAUAAAAUCGCGAUUACAUGUCUGUUCUUACAAAACGAUCAGAGCUGCUCAUUAUUUAUAAUCGUGACGUUAUAUCGGAGGAUCAGGAUUUUUAUUUUUCAAAUGUGAUAAUAUGAUGUGUCUUUUGAUGAAAUUAAAUUCGAUAUAUAGAUGUAUAUAAUAAGUGUAUCAUACGUUUUGAAAAAUCAUAAUAUUACUGCUUAAGUUUGUUAAGAAAUACUUCUAUAUUGUACA